AAACACCAAUUCAUUAGACACACCAUCUUGAAUAUUACAAUCAAACAACAAAGAAUGUCCAAGAUUUACCCUAAUCAAGAAUCCACAACAUCAUCUCAGUCUCAUGUUGAUCAGUGUCUUAAUAAAAGAGAGAAGUAUACUCUAUGGAUGAAAUCACUUGUUCUUCACUCUAAUGGUUGCACUGUGUAUGAUUCAAGCGGUAAGAUAGUUUAUAGAGUUGAUAACUAUGAUAGAAAAGGUGGAAGAGAAGUCAAUCUCAUGAAUCUAAAAGGAAAUGUUGUCUGCAACAUCAAAAAGAGAUUACUAUCUUUUGGAUGUUGGGAAGGACACAAAUAUUGCACCAGCAAUUCUGAUUCUAGAAGUCAUCAAGAGCAACCAUGGUUUCAAGUUAAAAGAUGUCUCACAGGUAAAACAGCAUGUGAGAUUAAAGUCGGGUCCCAAAAUUUGUGCAUAGAAAGAAUGAGUAUUGGAAAAUCAUUUGGUUUUCGGAUAGUAAACAAAAAUGGAGAAAUGAUUGCAGAGGCAAAGCAAAAAGAGUCUUCAUCAGGGAUUGUUCUGAGUAAUGAUGUUCUAACUUUGGAUUUGGAAGGUGGCACAGAUCAUUCCCUUAUAAUGGCUUUGAUUACAGUAUACGGAUUGAUAUGCGAAAAAAUGUAGAUACUAAUUUCAUACAUGACAGAUCUUAUUAACAAAUCAAUUCAUAUGUAGAACAUGAUUCAGUAAACUUUCCCCUUUCUACACGAUUCCAUAGUUUGUUGUUUUGUAAAUAUUCUAAAUUUCUUUGUAGACUUUUAUCUUUUUGCUGAAGAGUAAUAUUCAGGAUCUUCAGUUAUAUGUA